CUGCAGCCAAAUUCGAAACACAACAACAGUCGCAACCGUCCUGUCUUUGGCCAUCCACCUGCCUGCAUCCUCUCCUCCUGCCACACACCUCCAGCUUGCACCCUCACUUGUAUGGAGUCACAGCGCCGGCGAGGGCCGCCUCAGCCCUCAAUGCACCAACAACCAAGCAAGGAGGCACUCGUGUCUGCGUCAAGGCUGCUGGAUUUAUCUGGGGACGACGCAAGCGGAAGGAACAGCUGGCUGUUUGCGUCACAGCCACCUGGUCAUGACGGUGGUCCUUCCACCCACUCACAGCACCAUCACAUGCGACGCGAGGCGCCUGCUUCAUCCCUGGCCGCGCCAAACGAGCUCGCACUCUCCGUGCUUCGACGCCACCUCCAAGGUACAGAGCAGCAACAGCAGCAACAACGGCAACGGCAACAGCAAAGGCAACAGCAACAUUGGCAACAGCACACUGAGCACAAGCAGCCGCGACAACAGACACAACACCGAAAAAAGAACGAGGCUCAGGCCCUUGCCGAGGAGAUCGCAGCACAGCUUCCAUCCAACGCAGAUCCCAACACAACAUUUGAAAUUCAUGAGGCACCCGCAAAGGCAUUGGACAUUCCUGUUACGCAGCGCGUUUUUCAUGAUCUCCCCAGCAUACAGCAGCAACCUGAAGCGGCAAAACCAACAGAGUAUGCAAAGCCAAAGAAGUAUCGAAACACAAAGCCGCGCGUGCGCCAAUCCUCCCAGCUGACCUGCCAGCCCAUAGAGGACAUUGAUCUCAGCUUCCGAUCCUUUGACCUUAUUCCCCCACCGCACCGGACAACGGCAGCACGAGCACCACCGCCAACUGACCGGUCUUUCGAGCGCGCCACCUUUCUCAGUCGACACGGCGUCGAGUGACACCGUGCG